AUGCCUGUGAGCAAACCCACGACUCUACCAGCGCGGAUCGUUCUGCAUUUGGCGUUGAAAGGUGAUGCAAGAGAAAUGAAUCCUCUUGCCACCGGGCUUUGGGCUGGAAUCCGUGGGUUAGCUGGAAUUGCUGGGGUGACGUAUAAUAGGUUCGCACUCGGUUUAUUCGACGUAGAAGCAAUGCUGGGGCUGUGGCUGGCCUGUCUUUGGAGGAACAGUGAGUCAUUUUCCAAGGGCCUGGGUGGCUUGAAGGGAAAGGGGGCAUAUCUCUUUCCACUGGGCGGAAGGCGGACGAUGGGCGGUGUAUGCCUAGGGAAGGUGACCGUGGUCGUGUCUGGUGUUGGUCUACUGCUACUGCAGGCCGACUUGAGAGUACUUGCGACAUUACAAGGGCACUUUACGAUAAUGGCCACUGGGUGUUUCACAGUCUGGACGAAAGAAUAG